AUGAAUGAAGAUGAUUCCGAUUACAAUGUUUAUCUCAGAUAUAAAAAGAAAAAGCGUUAUAACCGAAGGAAGACAGAUAAGAACAAGCAGGAGAAAGUUAUUUAUCAAGGUGAUGAGAGUUUUAUGAAUGUUGUUCAUCCAUUGGAACAAUAUUGCAGCUCAGAAUGGAAAAAAUCUUCACCACUUCAAAUGGCUAUAAUGGAUUGCAUUAUAAAGAAAGGCGGAUCUGCUUCCGAAAAAGAUAUUUUAGAUUAUAUUCGUGAAAAGUGGGAUAUUAUAAAUAAAUACUCAAAAAGAGGCUCACUCAUUGAAUUAAAUUUACGAGUUGUUCGCCUAAAUUGUGCUGUGAAGAAAAGAGGCCGACAUUUAUUUGUUCAUGAUCCUAAUUCAAUUGAUCAUUGGAUGCUAAAUACAAAAUUAAGAAAAAACAGCAAAUAUGCAAAUAAUCGGGCUAACACAAAUCAAAACUUUGAAGGAAAUAAUGAAAUUAUCGAGAAAAAGGAAGAAAUUGAAACAGAUUCAUCAGAACAUUCUGAAGAAAGUAGCGAUCUAUUUGAAACCAUUAUCCUCCGUUUUUUGACAGAUAAUUUACUUCCGCAUACUUUUAACGAAAUUUGCGAACAGAUGCUUCAGUAUAAGAAUAAUCCUGGCCUUUUUUCUAAAUUACCACACGAAAGAAGAGUUAAAGCAAUUUUAAUUUCAUUUAGAUGUAACAAAAUUAUCACGUGUGACACACAGUCAAAGACAUGGAUACUUAAUGAUAUAUAA